ACCUUUGGGUCGCGGGGAUGCCAGCCCGCGGACUUGGCCCCACCCUGUUGAUAGGAGUCUGCCGCUUCCUGUCCGCGCGCGCUCAGAUCCUUUACCGUGCACCUCCCUAGGCUCGGUCCAGCUCCCAGGCCCCGGCGGGUCCCAGACUUCCUUCGUCUUUGCUCUGGUCCCGCUUCUCGAGUGCUCACACAAACCCACCUCCGACAUACGGAGGCGUGAAGUUGCAGGGCGGACUGAGCAGAGAGCAGAGUUCGAAAGAAGGGGUUCGGUGUGGGAGUGCUCUGGACUAGGACCUGGGGUGUUCAAGGUCCCCUGAAGGUGCACUUGCGUCCCAGGGACCGGGCAACUUCUGGAUCAUUCCCCGCCCGCGGCCCUUGCGAGAGAGGUUGCUGUUUGCUCAGGAGGACGGGCCGGAGGUGGUGCUUCUCUGCCUGGACAGCGGAUCCGGGUGGCACCUGCAGCCAAGCACCCCGCCGGCUCAAGCCCCAUGAUCUCGCCAUGAGAGAGCCACGCAAGGGCUUCGGGGCUCGCCUGGUCCGGCUCUUGACUGGACUAGGGGGCCGAAGGGAGCGCAGGGGCAAGAUCUCAAAGGAGACCAGACUCCCGGAUAGGCCCUGGGGUGGCCAGAGCUGCCCUGACCUUGCUCAGGAUCAGGGCAGCAACAACAAUGUCAGCCUCAAGGUCCAAAGCAAAAGCCAUUCAGAAUGGGACCUUCAAGUCAGGAGCCAUGGUAGUUUCUGGAGUCAGAAGCGACUGCACAUCUCUGGAAGACGAAGCGAACCCCUGGGGAGGCUACAGAGGCCAGCCGUGGGCAGUGCCGGUGACUUGGCCUCCUGUAGCCCUAUGGAGCAUGAGUGCCCAGCACCAGCAGGCUCUGCGGAAGCCAUUGAUGGUGUCGGUCAUCCCUCCUGCCUGGACCCUGCUUCUUCUUGUUUGAAACAGGGAUCCCCAGGGGACACCUGCCAGAACCCCCAAUACAGCACCCCAGAGGUUCUGCUGAGGCCAGAGACAUCCAGCAACCUGGAAGAUGCACCCCUACUGCCCCACCCGGUGUCCUUUCUCACAGAAGCAAGGCCAAAGGGCAGUCCUGACACCCCAGAGCCAGCCCAGCCAGAGCCAGAGCCACUAUGUACUGGUCCCAGUGUCAAAAGGACCCGCUACCACAUCACUGUCACCCUGCAGGGGUGCGGGCAGACACCUGGGGAGGAGGGUAAGGAACCGGCCAGACCAGAUCCCCACCCCUGUGGCCCCGAGGAAUCCAGGGGUUGGCAGGAGCCUCCCCAGGAACUCCGCCCCAUCACCGAGUGUCCAAUCAACCUGCCUGAGGAGCCACGGCUGAGUGUCCCACAGCAUCAGGGAAGCAAGGCCCGGCAGGAGCUCAGAGAGGGCUGGGAGCCCGGAUCCCCACACAGCAGGGAGCCAGGCCACAGUGUGACAGGGACAGCUCAGGUUUUGCUGGGGCCCAACAUGGAAGAGAGAGUUGGGACCCCAGCUGGCGCUGAGGCCCGAGUGGUAAGUGCCACACUGACAUGGCGCCAACGGCCUGCUGUCCAGGAAGAGACCAGACACCGAUUUCACAAAGUAUCCCUGGUGUCGGGUGCUCGGAUGGAAACCCCUCAGGGGAGCCUGUUGGAGCAUAGCUUCCGGAGAGAAGUCAAUGGCUUUGUUAAGAAAGAAGAGGAGACUAUAAAUUGCCAGGGUCCUGGGGAGGAGCCUGGAUCCACGAAUUUUCAAAGCCAUGGGCCCAUCUUUUCCAAGAAAUAUAUUCCACCCCCCAAGGAGAAAAGGCCAGUGGUGAGGAUACAGGAGGCUGUGGAUUGGGGUGAUGGUGGCCCCCAGGCUCCCAGGACUGAACCACCAGGCGUGGGAUCCAUGGCUAGGACUGAACUAUUGGUGCCCUUGCCCGGGCCACGUGAGCCGAGUCCCCAUCCCAGUGUGGGUGUCACGAGCGGAGGUUCCAGGAACCGUGAGGAAUGGCGCGUGACUCGCACAGUGAGGACCACCACCACCACUACGGUGGUAGGAGGGCAAGUGGACCGCCGAGUGAGCAGCUCUGUGAAUGUGGGGCCCUCGAUGUCAGGUGAGACCCUGCCGAGGGGCCGCAACAUGACCCGAACCAUCCGGGCAGUGGUGGUGAACCCGAGAGCUGAGGACGCACCCAGCCGCAGCCAGGCCCUGGAACUGCUAAGCAACCUCGUACCGGCUGAGCGCAGCCCUCCUGCCAGCCGGAUCCCAAGUCUCACCGGACUUACCUCAAGGGGCUCAGCCCUCGGUGGCACAGUGGGAACAACCCUGGGACAGCCACUUGAGACUAGCACAACCGAACUGAAGAACAGCCCAAGCCUGACCCCAGGAGGCAUCCCCGUGGUCGAUCAUCGCACUCAGAACCUAGAUAUUCCUGUAGCCUACCCAGCCCAAGACCAAGGCAGCGUCUCAGAUGCCAGAGCUGGGGAAUCUUCAAGGCUGCAGGGAGCCUCCAGUCCUGUCCUGCUCCCCAACCAGACUUCUCAUAACCACCUGCCAACACCCUCUUCUCCCAAGCCCCAGACCCGUGCCUCCUCCCUGGUGCAUCCUCCAGAGCAACCAGUGGUACCUACACACCUCAAAGCCCAGCCCAUGCCUCAUGUCCCGGCCCCUGUGGAAGAGAAGCUUACAGGUCUCCCCACGGACCCUGUUCUGCCUGUGGUGAAGGGCGGGGUUACAGUUCCUGAGCAGCCCCCUAGCCCAUCCUCUGUAAGGAGGAAAGCUGUCCCUAGUCCCCAAGGCCUUUCUGCUCCGGCUUCACCAAAGAAUAAGUUUGUUCAGGACCCUGAAAAUGUGCCUGUUUCUGUUCUUACUCAGAAAGAGGUAUUUCCGGGCCCUAGUGUUUCUGCCCACUCCCACACCCCCAAAGAGGUUGCAAAGGCCCCUGCUGCUUCCACUGCCUCAUCCUCCAGUUCAGCCAAGGUUGUCCAGGGUGUAGAAGAAGGUGCUUCCAUCGAGAAGGAGGAUGGCCAGGACGCUUUAGAUAGCCCUUCCCAUCCCCUUCCUUGGAAAGAGACAGCUGAAGGCCCCACUGCCCCAACUCCCCAGACCCCCAAACAGAGUGAAAUUGUCCAGGAUUCUCAAGGGAACUCUUCCUCAUCACCUACCCCAAAUGAAGGUGUCCAGAGCCCUGCCAGGCCCCUGGCUCCAUCCUCUUCAGAGACCAAAGUGUCCCUCAGUCUAGAAGGCUCUCCUGCCUCAAAGCUGGUGGGAACAAAGGCCAGCAUGGAGUCCCAGUUCACCCCAGGCUCCACUGAGGGGAAUACGACUCCCCAGACCCCCAAACAGGGUGAAAUUGUCCAGGAUUCUCAAGGGAACUCUUCCUCAUCACCUACCCCAAAUGAAGGUGUCCAGAGCCCUGCCAGGCCCCUGGCUCCAUCCUCUUCAGAGGCCAAAGGGUCCUCCAGUCUAGAAGGCUCUCCUGCCUCAAAGCUGGUGGGAACAAAGGCCAGCAUGGAGUCCCAGUUCACCCCAGGCUCCACUGAGGGGAAUGCGACUCCCCAGACCCCCAAACAGGGUGAAAUUGUCCAGGAUUCUCAAGGGAACUCUUCCUCAUCACCUACCCCAAAUGAAGGUGUCCAGAGCCCUGCCAGGCCCCUGGCUCCAUCCUCUUCAGAGGCCAAAGGGUCCUCCAGUCUAGAAGGCUCUCCUGCCUCAAAGCUGGUGGGAACAAAGGCCAGCAUGGAGUCCCAGUUCACCCCAGGCUCCACUGAGGGGAGUGUGACCGCAGAACCAUCUAGGGAGGAGGAUGAAGCAGCCCUGACUGCUGACCUGGAGAUUUUCCUGGAUACCUUGCGGAGCAUGGAGCCCCCUGAGAUCCUCCGAACUCACCGACUGCCCCGAGCUCCCCGCUCCUCCUACCUGGCCAUGUAUGCCACACUGCCUGCCAUUGAGGAGGAUCAGCUGAGCCCAUCCAUUCCAAGACCCAGUCCCCAGGAGGAACCUGCCCUGGAAGAGGAGGAGGAGCUGGAGAACCCUUACCUGAGUGAUGAUGAGAAACUCCAGCGCAGGCAGGAGAAAGCAGGGCCCAGCCCCGCCCUGGAUGCCGACCCACCCAAGCCUGCUAAGGUCUCCUGCUCUCCUCUGGAGAUGAUGAAGAGGCAUACAGCAGAUCAAGGUCCCGGACCUCAGCCCAGCAACCGGCCUACUUCCCGCCUUGGAGGCAGCCUUCUCUUUGGCAGUCUGGUGCCAGCCAACAAGGACAUCCCUACCCUGGAACCACUAGGUUCGAAAUUAUCUGCUCUGCCACCCCAUGGAGCUCCAGGGGUCAGGAAGGUGCCUGGACAGUUACCCCUGCUCUGCAGCGGAAGGCCACCACCAGAGAAGCCAGCACCUUCCCAACCCAUGGAAGGGUGGAGUCCAGCACUGAAGACUCAGGGCAAGCUGAACACCAGGCCUGGGAAGGUGAUGCUCUUCUCAGAGCCUGGCUGCCAGGGCAGAAGCAGGGAAAUCUGGGGAGACACUGCUGAUACCUCAGGCUGGACCCCUGUUGCCUCAGUGAGGGUGGUGCGAGGCUGUUGGAUACUAUACGAACAGCCGGAGUUCCAAGGCCAGAAGGUGGUUCUGCCUGAAGGGGAUGUGGACAUUAGCACCCUGGCAUCCACUUGGAGUACCCAAGGCAUCGGCUCCCUGAGGAGGGCUGUGCGGGACUACCGCACCCCGGGGAUCAGCCUGUUCUCUGAGGAGGGCCUCAAGGGCAACCAAGUGAUGCUGACAGGGGACUUGAAAGACUCUCAAGGUCUAGAGAGACCCCUACAGGUGGCAUCUGCCACUGUCUCUGCAGGACUGUGGUUGCUAUACCCCAAACCAUUCUUUGAAGACACUCCCUAUAUCCUAGAGCCUGGAGAGUACCCUACCUUGGAGGCCUGGAGUACAUCAGGCCCCAGUGUAGGUUCACUAAAGCCCAUGAAACUGGGUUGCCCAAGCGUGGAGAAGCCAGGGGAGCCCAAGGCUGUGGUAUAUGAGGCCCCAGAUUUUCAGGGGCAGAGCUGGGAAGUGAGCAGAGACAUCUACAACCUUCGGCAGCCAGAGGAUAGCCAGAGCCCCCAGCUGACCUCUGUGGGGUCCCUGCGGAUCCUUGGGGGCUGCUGGGUAGGCUAUGAGAAGGAGGGCUUCCGGGGCCACCAGUACCUGCUGGAAGAGGGCGAAUAUGCUGACUGGUCACAUUGGGGAGGCUAUGAUGAGUUCCUGACUUCCCUGCGGGUCAUCCGGACGGACUUUGGAGACCCGGCUGUGGUGCUCUUUGAGGACACGGACUUCCAGGGCCACUACGUGGAGGUGAGUUCCGCUUUGCCAGACGUGGAGCUAGCGCAGCACGGACCCAGCACGCAAGCCAUCCACGUGCUCAGCGGCGUGUGGGUGGCCUACGAGCAGGUGGGCUUCUCCGGCGAACAGUACAUCCUGGAGAAGGGUGUGUACCGCAACUGCGACGACUGGGGCUCCGGUAACAGCGCCCUUGGCUCCCUUCAGCCCGUGGUGCAGGUUGGAGAGAGCGAUCUUCAUUUUGUCUCUAAGAUUCAGCUUUUCUCAGGCCCCAACUUCCUGGGCGACCACAUUUCCUUUGAGGAUGACCAGGCCUCUCUGCCCGCUUCUUUCCAUCCCCAGUCAUGCCGGGUCCAUGGUGGCAGCUGGGUCCUGUUUGAGGAGAAGAACUUUGAGGCCGACCAGCACAUUGUGUCAGAGGGAGAGUUCCCCACUCUCACAGCCAUGGGCUGCCUGGCCUCCACGGUCCUGGGCUCUCUCCGGAAGGUUCCCUUGCACUUUUCAGAGCCUUCCCUGUCCCUGUUCGGCCUGGAGUGCUUCGAGGGCAAGGAGAUCGAGUUGACCGGGGAGGUGCGAAGCCUACAGGCCCAGGGCUUCAACAACCACGUGCUGUCUGUGCGCGUCAAGGGUGGCGUCUGGGUGGUGUGUGAGCACAGUGACUUCCGGGGACGACAGUGGCUAGUAAGUAGCUGCGAGAUCACCAACUGGCUGACCUACAGCGGCACCCAGAGGGUGGGCUCCCUCUACCCUAUCAAACAGCGCCGAGCCUACUUCCGCCUCUGGAAUGCGGCGCUAGGGGGGUUCCUAGCAGUGCCUGAUCGCGUGGAGGACAUGAAAGCAGGCCGUGUGGUGGUCUCUGAGCCCCGAGCUGGGGGCAGCUGCAUCUGGUACUAUGAAGAGGGACUGCUGAAGAACCAGGUGGCCCCCACCAUGAGCCUACAGGUGAUUGGACCUCCAAGCCCAGGCUCCAAAGUAGUACUUUGGGCCGAGAGCCGCCUACCACGCCAAACUUGGAGCAUCAGUGAAUUGGGUCACAUCUGCAGCCAGAUGUUUGAAGGCCAGAUCCUCGACGUGAAGGGCGGCCGAGGUUAUGACCGGGACCACGUGGUGCUGUGGGAACCAACCAAGGACAGGCCUUCCCAGAUCUGGACUGUCUAUGUACUUUGAACCAGUUUCACCCCGUUUCCUGCCGGAAGCUUUUGCUGGGAUGAAAUGUUUUUUAUAGA